GCCAACCGGGGUCCCGCUCGGCCUCCCGGGGGUGGGGGGCCGCGCUCCGCACAGGGAAAACUGAGGCCCAAGGAAGUUGGGUACUGUGCCCAAAGUCACAAAGCUGAGUCCGACCCAGACCCAGGGAUCCCCCACACUUUUUACCACCCGGAAGAAUCUUCCCUGUCCUUGUCUUCCCAUUCUGUCCUCCCAGCUUCCCAGUAAGCAUACAGCCCUAGGAUCACUCUUGACCACUCUCGACAUGCAUGCCAGGGCCCGCCCUGGCCCACUGUUCCCGGCCCUGCCUCUCACCUCCUCCACUUUGAUGCUGCUGAUGAGUGGCCUGUGGCUGGUGGGGGCUGGCCCCAGCCUCACCCUGGCCCCGGAACUGCUGCUGGAACCCUGGCAGGCGCACCGGCUGCUGACCUACGCCCUGGGCCACACGGCCCUGCCGAGCCUGCUCCUGAGCCUGCUGCUCCUGGCCACGCUGGGCUGGCAGCAGGAGCACCGCCUGGGCACUCUGCGGUUCCUGCACACCUCGGCCCUGCUUGCCCUGGCCACUGGGCUGCUGGCUGUGCUGCUAGAGGCAGUUGGGGUGCCCAGCGUGGCCAGCGGCUGCGGAUACAUGCCUGUCCACCUGGCCAUGCUGGCGAGGGAGGGUCACUGCCCUGGACGGCCCCGGGGGGCACUGCCACUGUGGCUGCUGCCCUGGUUGCUGCUGAGCCUGACCCUGCUGCUCAGCUCUGAGCCCCCGUUCCUGCAGCUCCUCUGCGGCCUCCUUGCUGGCCUGGCCUACGCAGCAGGGGCCUUCCAAUGGCUGGAGCUCUCGGAGCUUCGGGUGCAAGCGCUGCAGGAGGGUGUCGUGUGCAGAACCCUGGCGGGGUGCUGGCCGCUGAGGCUCCUUCCUGCCCCAGGCAGCCUGACUGAGCUGCCUGUCACCCAUCCUCCCGGAGCGAGGCCUCCUGCACCUGGACCUCCUCACGUGGACUCCCUUAGCCUCUGGCCCCACAGUGAAGCCUCAGCCCCGCUCCCGCCAGGCCUGGGGGCUGUGCAGCCCACCUGGGAGGGCUCCUCAGAGGCAGGCCUGGCCUGGGCUGGGCCCAGCUUCCCCUUGGGGACCCCACUGUGGGCGGCCCUGGAUGAGCAGAUGCUGCAGGAGGGGCUCCAAGCCUCGCUCCUAGAGGGGCCAGCCCAGGGGCCUGAGAGCCCACUGUGGCUGCCCAAAUCCUCCGUCUCCUCUCUGCGGCUGCAGCAGCUGGAACGCAUGGGUUUCCCCACAGAGCAGGCAGUAGUGGCGCUGGCAGCCACGGGCCAUGUCGAAGGUGCUGUGUCACUGCUGGUCGGUGGGCAGGUAGGGGCUGAGGCCCUGGUCACAGAGGGGAAGGGCCGGCCUGCCCACCCCGAGGGCCCUGGCCCCCCUAGCCCAGGCAGAAGGCAGGGCUCAGGUGGGCCACUGGGUGACAAGAGGCCUGGCCCUGUGUAA